UUUAUAUGGCCGCAGCCAGAUUGGGAAGCUGCUUUUUGUGCACUUGUCCUCCGCCCAGCUGGCUCAUAUCUCUGAGAGUCAGUCACUCUCCAUUGGGCAAGCAACAGCAGGGGAAGAGCAGCUUUCCUCCUAGCUACAGGACAGUUUCUCAGAAGUGGGAAAUGGUUAAGAUCCUCAUCCUGGGAACUCCGAACACAGGAAAGACAGCCUUGUGCGUUCGUUUCAUGACCAAGCGGUUCAUUGGUGAAUAUGACCACAAGAAGGAGGUGACCUACAGAUGCUGUCGUCUGGUCGACCAGGAAGCUGUUGACCUUGAAAUCUUGGAUCCAGCUUCUAAGGAGAACUGUGCGCCUUCUCUGGAGGCUUCCAUCCGCUGGGCUGAUGGCUUCUUGUUGCUCUAUUCCAUCACGCACCGCCAAAGUUUCUUGGAGGUCUCACGGCUCAAAAGACUCAUUGACCAAACCAAAAGGAGUCUGGCUGUCCCAGCAGUGCUGGUUGCCAAUAAAACAGACUUGGAAAUUGGCAGGGAGGUGACAACAGAAGAAGGACCACCUGCAACGUUUGGUUUAGGUUUUAAGUGCAUUUUUAAUUUUAUUGCUUAA